AGAUGGAUAUAUCCAAAUACUACAGAUUUUUCAAUCUGUAGAUGGCUGAAACUUUAUUUUCCAAUUUCAACAGUUUUAUCUGUAUUUAUAGGCUAUCAUAGGACUGGUGAAUGUUAGUUAAAGUUAGUAGUAGCUAGCCUUGAGAUUAUGCUAAAAAUAAUUCAUUUGCAGCCCAAAAGUCUAAUCUGCUAGCUAUUUUCUAUAAAGCUCUACAUCUUCAUAGCUUACACAAUUUGCAUUAUAUAUACCAGUAUCAUCUCAAGAUAAGAUAUCUCUUACAUAGUCAAGACACAAUAUUUUCUACUUGGUGGUUGUUGAUCAAUGAUGAGAAGAGCAACGAGUGGAGUUGAGCUACUUGGAUCAUGGGCAAGCCCAUACUCAAUCAGAGUGCAAAUAGCUCUGAAUCUCAAGUCGAUACCUUAUGAAUUCAUCGAAGAGAAAUUCUACACUAGCAACAAAAGCGCGCGCCUCCUUGAGGCCAAUCCGAUCCACAAGAAAAUCCCAGUUCUGAUCCAUGAUCAGAAGCCUAUAUCCGAGUCCCUCAUCAUUCUUCAAUACAUUGAUGAAGCUUGGCCUUCCAAUGGUCCACCCAUUCUUCCCUCCGACCCCUAUGAUCGCGCCAUAGCACGUUUUUGGGCAGCAUAUGUUGAUGAAAAGUGGUUUCCGGCAUUCAAGGAGCUGGAGAAGGCAUCGGGAGACGAAGCUAGAGGGGCGAUUGUUGAGAGGAUACAUGAAGGAGCAGUGUUGUUGGAAGAGGCCUUUGUGAAAUGCAGCAGAUCGAAGGCUUAUUUUGGUGGAGACAGCCUUGGCUACAUUGAUGUUGUGUUGGGAAGCUACUUGGGAUGGAUUGAGUUGACAGAAUCUGCAACUGGUCUGAAGAUUUUGGAGGAGAUGAGGACUCCUAGAUUGGCAAGGUGGGCUGCUAGGCUCUCUUUAGAUGAUGCAGCUAAGGAUGUUUUGCCAGAUGCUCACAAACUUUUGGAGUUUUACAUGAUGGUUCAACACUCACAAAAGCAGCUUCAAUCAAUAGAUGUUUGAUUAGUUGAAAGUUCAGGAAUCUGGUGUCUUUAUGUGGCAGUCAAGUGAGUAAUUAUAUACUCCUUCCUGUCUUCAAAUAAUUAGUAUUCUCAUUGGAAAUGAAUUUUCUUGUCUUAUUUCAUAAUUUUAUGAUAAAAUAAACUUCGUAUGUUA